UCCAGUUUGUUUGCUUAUGUUUUCAUCGAUCGAACGCCUUGGGAAAGAAAAACGUUGUCAUGUUUGCCUGGUUGAAACGGUAUUGAUUGUCGGCAGUAGUGCCGAUGGUUGAUUGACGUCGUGGACGCAGGCAGGGAGGAGAGAGACUGUGUUUGUUGUGGUUACACUGCUAGUGGGAUUCCUCAAGUGUCUCCAUGGCCGGGUUUCAAUCCCACUGUCAAGAUAGUUAUGGACAAUGAUGAAGAUGGACAUUAAACAAAAUGGAAGUUACUUUUUGGAAUUUUGUACUUGAUUUGUCAUUUGAUUUAUUGGUCUAAACAUGUCAGCAGCUGUGGCCGUGCCGCCCCGUAUUGAGGUGUCCGACACUUCCCAGAAGGAGGCCGACUACGAUGACGACUUUGAGGACUUCGAUAAAGAAUUGGACUCCUUCAUAGCCAGCGAGGACAGCUCUCAGAGCGACAACAAGGCUGCCGACGAUAAGGAGUCCAUCAGGAAGCAGAGUACGGAGUCGUCGGACAGCCAGCCUGAGAAGGGUACAGAGGAGAUUGAGAAGGGGCAGAAGGAGUACUCCAGCCAGUCGGAUGCAGAUGACUACACUUUCAGUGAUGACCAGAAGCGGGCCAUGAGGGAGCUGAUAGCACAGAGACAGGAGAACGACUUCCCUGAUGAGGAUCCCCCGGAGUACGAUGUGAAGGACCGGCUGAUCCAGCUGAACGCAGAACUUGCCCAAGAGUCCGACCCCGGAGAGAGGUCACACAAGGUCGGCUUCAAGGAGACUCUUGUCGAUCUGGUCGCCCCGCCACCAGACUUCAGUGAUGAUGAAGAUUCUCAGAAAGGAAAAUCCAAUCCUACAAGUCCUCGUGAAACCGAGGUUGUGUCCAGCAAGUCCUCUGUAAAUCCAACCUCAAAACCCACAGAUGGCAAGAAAAAAACUGUGGUAGUGGAACGUGAGGGUAAAUUUGAGGUGGUGAACAUUGACGAUUUAACUCCUACUGAGCGGCAGAUGUAUGUCUGUGACCCUGACCCUGACCCUGACCCUCCAGCUAAGGAGGGAGGACCAAAGAAAAAUGUAAACAAUUGUAACAUACAUGAAAAAUCAAAACAGCCUUCUCCUCCCAAACAGCCAAGACCAGCUACAGCAAACGGUCACACAAAUCGUCGAGCACUUCGACCAGUGCAAAGCAAGCAACGACCAAAGUCGGCAGCAAACCAGGUCAGCAAUGAGAGCAGGUCGUUGGAGAACUUUUCCUACACAUCGCCUUAUGCUCUUUCAGCGGAACAGAAGGAGCUUGCCCGACAACGAGCGAAGGCAAUGGAGGAUCAUAAGCGAGAGCAGGAUAGACGGAAACGGGAGGAGCAAGAAACUGAACAGCGGGAGAGUGAUGAUGCAUUCCGGGCCUGGUUGAAGCAGAAGAGAGAAGAAAUAAGAAAGAGGCGAGAUCGAGAUCUGGAGGAAAAGAGGAAAGAGGAACGGACUGAUAAGGAUUGGUCGGAUGGAGAAGCAGACUCUUUGACAAAAAACCAGCUGGAGCAAGAGGAGCCAGCUCUGCAAUCUUUCCAACCGUUGUUCCAGAAGGAAGAGAAUGAGGUGGCAUUCCGAACAUGGCUGAAGGAGAAGCGCCUCCAGAUCCAGCGGGACAAGCUGCUGAAGCACCGCCAAGACCAGGAGAUGAAGGAUGGCUACCAGACUGUGUCACGGGAUGAGUGUGACAAGGCAUUUAAAGAGUGGAUUAAGAAGAAGAACGUAGAGAGCAGGAAGAUGAAGGUCGUCGAGAGACAGAAGAGUCGCUCAGCUCGUAUUUCUGCCAAACGCUCUCGCAGAUCAGCCAGCCUGCUCCGAGCCAUCCGCAACUCCCAGUCAUUCCAGUACGUUGACUACUACGGCUACAGGUUCUGAUGGACUGACGGUCCGUGCCAUCUAAGUCAGUCAAGCAGCAGAUAGGGGUUGUCUCAAUAGUUAAAAGGUGUUUUGUUGUGUGGGAACAAGUGCUCAUGUUUGUAAACCAUGUUGUUCAAGGAGAUCAGUGGUUGUUUUAAGAAUAACUACAACAUUUAUGAAAUGAAUUUUCAACCUUUUGAACUUGAAACAACCCCUAAGAAAGAUUUGCUAAAAAUCAACUCAGCUAUCUGUGAUCAAGUAUUUCAGGGAUUUAAUGUGGAGAAAAGUCAAAUUUUGUCAUUUGUAUAUUUGUAUUUCAUAAGGCCGUGUUUAAUGAAUAAAAUUAUUCUCCAACGCAGCAAAUUCAGAAUUUUGGAGCUAUAUCAAACUUGGAUAUAUAUGCAGUUUCAAAUUACAUGAAGAUCACCCUGACCUGCACAGUUGUCUCCCUUUGACUAAGAAGCGACCUGUAUUCAGACUCUGUAUAAAAUGUGCAUCUCAAUGAAGUUUCAGAUGUUUGAAUUAAACAUCAUACAUGCGUUGCCUGUAAUGUGGUAGCCAGAACAGACUGGCAGUUUCAGAUGAAGAUAUGGGCAGUACUGUUACUUGGUGAAUAACGUCCUUGUUAGAUAUCACUAAUACAACCCCACCACAAACACCAGCUGGAGGCCAGGUCUACAACAUCAUCAGAGCUUCUUACAGUUUGUCCCCCCUAGUAAUACAGUUUGUCCCCCCUAGUAAUACAGUUUCUCACUUCUUGGUAAUACAGUUUGUCACCCCUAGUAAUACAGUUUCUCACCUUCAAAAGACAAAAAAGAUUUCCUACAUGGCUAUUUCAAAAUAGCUGAGAUUUAAAAAUAUAAAAUGAAGCCUUAACAAUAUACCAACUAAUAAAUCUGAUGUGAAAUUUCAACCAGUAAAGUGAGAAUGACAUAUCCUAAUGUUCAUGUCAAGCUAAAUGGCAUUGUGAACAUUCUGCCCAUCAACAGCUUUAUGUAACGUAAAACAACCCCAGGGUUUUUAUGAGAUUCAAUAUCUUCAUCCAAGGGAUGAAACCGAGGGACAUAUGUGAAAUCAGUGGUAAUUUUGUGUGUGAAACAGGGGAGAUUGUUCAACACCCAGGAUUUUUUAUAGAAAAUCCCAGUCAUUGCACAACUUUGGGAUUUGAUGCGAUAUACAGACAGUGACAGGACAAUGGGAUGAUGUCACCGGAUGGUCAUGAGUCUGGUUGGAGAAUCUUUUUAUUUGUGAACUUGCCGUGUUUCUAGACAUUAGCUGCAGUGUUGGGACUGGGGUAGACUGGUUACUAGAGUAGCGACUUCUAAUCUGUGAUAUUGUGAUGCUGAAUGACAUGCCUCCAUCGGAGGGAUCUGACAGAGUUGUGAAUUUUUGUUAUUGUUGCUGGAGAGAGUAUUUUGUGAGACGUUUUGUAUUACUUGGUUUGUGGACCUUUUUGUAAUUAUGAAAUAAAACAUCUUUUGAGGUGUCUAUUAAGUCUGUUAACAAAGUUUCAGUUAUAAAAAUGCAAAGUAAGUCUAUAGAGGAAGGGAGAUAACUCAUUGACUUGACAAUCAAAAAGGCGGACAGUUCUUUUAAGAAACCAUCUUUUCAAAAAAAAAAAAAGAUUUAAUAGCAACGACAUGACCUUGAAAAUAAAUCUGUAAGCCAAGUAAUACAAAUAAAGAAGACCACUGUUACAAUGGUAACAUUGGUAGAUAUUACUUUGUUAUAUAAGCUGGCGAUUGUGUCGAAUGUAAUGUUCAAAGAUACGAGUGUUAAAAUCAUAUGGAUGUUUUUCUGUCAAAUAUUAUUACAGUUCAAUGUGUUAUAACAAGAUGAAAGAUGUAGUAGCAGACACUAGUAGUGAGAUUUUGUGCUCAAGUUAGCUCUUCAUCCUCUUCUCUCUGUAUCUGCUUGCCCUGGCUGUAUCACAACACUGUUCAGACUAGCUUUGAUGUACACAGGCAAGAUGUUCUCCACCUGCUAGGAUACAUAAUGUGUAUUACCUGUUUCCUUGUCCUGAUAUUGGAAAGGUAAAAACUAUUCAGUGUUAAUUGUAGUCAGGCUUUAUCUUUGAAAGUGACUGUCAUUAAUUUUUACAGCAUCGAUCCUGAUGUAAUACCUCUAGAUUGGACGUUUUCAGCCAUGUAUUCCAUCAUUAGAUGGUUGUUCCUGUUGGGUGGCCUGUUUUCUAUCAGAAUUUGUGAUUGGUAUUUCGUACAAGUUUUAGGAAUUGAGGACUUUCAAUCUUUGGCAGUUUCUUUUCAACCAACACAAAGAUAUGGUAGAUUUCAUAGGCGCCAAAAACACUGAUCAUUACAGCGUAAAUUUCUGUUACUUAAACUAAACUACAUAGGAUAUAUUUCACAGUAUCAAAUGACACCAGUAAUAUUUCAAACAAACUGAAACCCUGUUAAUCUGGACCCUGUUAUUCUGGCAAUGCUGCUUUCCGGUCAUUUACUUUUAGGAUGUAUAGAACUAUACAAGGGGCAAUACCCUUGGGUUUUUUAUGUGAAAAUUAGGUAAAUGGAACGAUUUCAUUGGGUAAAAUUCUGUCCAGAUUAACAAGGUUUCAGUACCUUCCAGAUUAACAAGGUUUCAGUACCUUCCAGAUUAACAAAGUUUCAGUACAGUCCUGAUUAACAAGGUUUCAGUACUUUCCAGAUUAACAAAGUUUAAGUACUGUCCAGAUUAACGAGGUUUAUUUACUGUUCGGAUUAAUAAGAUUUCCCUGUAAAACCAUACAGGAGAGAAUGAGAUUUCCACAGUGCGUACACUUCGACAUGACUCCUCCAAAUGUUCCUGUAUGUUUACACUAGCAGGAUAUGAACAGUGUAGUGAUUAAAUUCCCUGUUGCUUUUUAAGCCGACAAUCAAUAUAGUUCUUCUGGUUAGAUGAGUAAAAAUUGUAUAUCAAGGUUUUCUUGUUUUGUUUUUUUAAUCAAACAGUCAACCAUG